CCCCAUUCCUUCUUCUUCGACCUCUUCUUCUGUACACAACACCCAGAGAAAACAAGAGCAUUUAAUUUGGGUUUCUUCGUUAAACAGAACUAAAUAAGAGCAAUGCCUGGAUUAGCUAUGGAUGCAAUAAAUGGAGAAAGCGGAGUCGAUGAACCUAAUAACGGGUUUUGCACUCCCUACAAGGAUAGCUUUAAUCAGGAAAGGUCUCCGAGAAGCGCAUUGAGUCCACAGAGUCAGCAGAGUGAUUCCAUUGAUUUAGCCAUUGAUGGGGUGGUGGAAACCUCCAUCGAGCAGCUUUAUCACAAUGUCUACGAGAUGCAAAGCUCUGACCAAUCACCAUCGAUGACUAGCUAUGGAUCAUAUGGUGAGGAAUCAAGGAUUGAUUCAGAAUUGUGCCAUCUUGUUGGGGACUUCGGUGUUGUUGAGAUAACAAAGGAGGUGGUGGCAGAGAAGAAAGAAGAAGGCAGUGUUGGUGACUUGACCCCUAAAAAGGAAAAUGUAUCUAGUGACAAAAAGCCUGUGAAGAAGAAGAUCAAGAAUCAAACUCCAGGUGUUAAGCAUCGUUCUCGCUUGCAAUUGGAUUCUGAAGCAUCAGCAAAGUCUAGUCCAAAGAGCAAAUCUUCUCAGGAUAAAACUCCAGUUGAAAAGCGGUAUGAGAAGUAUGCAAGAAAACUAAAUGCAGCUUCCCCUCUGAGGAAACAGAGGAAUUUUGCUUUACUGGGUGCAAAGUUUCAGAAUGGAACUGGGGAUAACCUAGAGGCAGGGUUGGAGAAUCCAGACCUUGGACCAUUUCUGCUGAAACAGACAAGGGAUAUGAUGUUUUCUGGUGAAAAUCCUCAGAAAGCCCUUGAAUUGGCUCUUCGAGCCACGAAAUCAUUUGAGAUUUGUGCAAAUGGCAAACCAAGUUUAGGGCUCGUCAUGUCUCUGCAUGUUCUGGCAGCAUUGUACUACAACUUAGGACAGUACAACGAGGCAAUUCCUGUUCUUGAGCGCUCAAUUGAAAUUCCAGUGAUUGAGGAUGGCCAAACUCAUGCACUUGCCAAAUUUGCUGGAUGCAUGCAAUUGGGUGAUACUUAUGCAAUGUUGGGUCAAAUUGAGAAUUCGAUAUUGUGUUAUACAGCAGGUUUGGAGAUUCAAAGGCAAGUUUUGGGAGACACUGAUCCUCGAGUUGGUGAGACAUGUCGAUAUGUGGCAGAAGCACAUGUUCAAGCCCUGCAAUUUGAUGAGGCUGAGAAGCUUUGUCAAAUGGCCCUUGACAUCCACAGGGAGAAUGGUGCUCCUCCUUCUAUCGAAGAAGCUGCUGACAGGAGACUUAUGGGACUCAUCUGUGACUCCAAAGGAGAUUAUGAAUCAGCUCUUGAGCAUUACGUUUUAGCUAGCAUGGCCACGGCAGCCAGUGGUCAUGAAGUGGAUGUCGCUUCAAUUGAUUGUAGCAUUGGGGAUGCAUAUUUAUUGAUGGCUCGGUUUGAUGAGGCGGUUUUUGCCUACCAGAAAGCGCUCACAGUAUUUAAGUCGGCAAAAGGAGAGAAUCAUCCAACAGUUGCUUCAGUUUUCGUUCGUUUGGCUGAUUUGUACAAUAAGAUAGGAAAACUUCGGGAUUCCAGAACUUAUUGUGAAAAUGCACUCAGGAUUUAUGGAAAGCCGAAUCCUGGGAUCCCCUCCGAAGAGAUUGCCAGUGGUCUCAUUGACAUUGCUGCCAUAUACCAAUCUAUGAAUGAAUUGGAUCAGGCACUCAAACUACUUAAGAAAGCUUUAAGCAUUUUCAGCGAAGCCCCAGGUCAACAAAGCACAAUUGCAGGCAUUGAGGCACAGAUGGGAGUCAUGUAUUACAUGAUGGGGAGCUAUGCUGACUCCUACAACACCUUCAAAAGUGCCAUUUCAAAGUUUCGAGCUAGUGGAGAGAAGAAGUCUGCCCUGUUUGGGAUUGCUCUGAACCAAAUGGGUCUUGCCUGCGUGCAGCGGUUCGCGAUAAAUGAGGCAGCUGAUCUGUUUGAAGAAGCAAGGAGCAUUUUGGAGAAAGAAUAUGGUCCUUACCACCCUGAUACAUUGGGGGUAUACAGCAAUCUGGCUGGAGCCUACGAUGCAAUGGGAAGAUUGGAUGAUGCCAUCGAGCUUUUAGAUUAUGUUGUUGACAUGAGAGAGGAGAAGCUUGGAACAGCAAAUCCUGAUGUCAUUGAUGAGAAGCGAAGGUUGGGUGAGUUAUUGAAGGAAGCAGGCAGGGCCCGCAGCAGAAAAUCAAGAUCGCUGGUAACCCUCCUCGACACCAGCAAUCAGAUAAUGAAGGAUGAUGGAAUUAAGGUAUCAUAAUGCUGCUCAUGUAAAUACGGUCCGUAUGUAUAAAUAUACCAUUCUGAAAGAGGAUUAGGUGGUUGGUUCGUCAGACACAUACCAAAAGCCUGGUUUCAACAGUUGUCUUGAGGGGUCAAGAGAAAAUUUGCAUUUAUGGUUCAUUUAUUACGGAAUUGUUGGUAUUCCUUUGUAACAUUCUUCUCUGUAUGUUUCAAUUUAUAAUAAAGAAAAUGGUGGCAUUUUGUUUUCUUA